UCUUGGGGAACGGUUCGAAAAAUUCUUGCCGCGCCGCGAAGAUUUGCUAUCGCACCUUGUGAUAUUAAUCAAUCAACCCAAAAUGCCACGAGUGCAAACUCUCCUUUACUUUCCAGUGAUAGCACUUAUUGUCUCGCACGCUCACGCCCAGAAAAAUGUGCAACGGCACGCUCCGUCGCAGCUCUCCGUCGAUGGCCUUCACCGGUUGGCAGAGGCACCCUUUGAGAUGGAUGAGGCUUUGAGCAAGCUGCUCGUCGAAAGAGUGGUCGGCAGCGAAGGCCACGAAGGAGUGAAAAACUUCCUUAUUGAUCAUAUGCGCCAACUAUCGUGGACGGUCGAGGUAGAUGAAUUCGAAGACACGGUGCCCAUUUUCGGAAAGCUACAGUUUUCGAACGUGAUCGCGACACUCAACCCUAACGCCCAGCGGAAUCUCGUGCUGGCGUGCCAUUACGAUAGCAAAUACUUUCCGAACCAAGGCUUCAUCGGUGCCACCGAUUCGGCCGUUCCUUGCGCGAUGAUGCUGACCAUCGCCAGCUCGAUGAGCCCAUACCUCGCAGCUGUGCGCGAAAACACGGACGUAGGCCUGCAAUUCAUUUUCUUCGAUGGCGAGGAGGCUUUCGAGCGCUGGACCGCCACGGAUUCGAUUUACGGUGCGCGUCACCUGGCGGCGCGAUGGGAGCAGGAGGAUCGCCUGAAAACGAUGGACAUGCUAGUCCUACUCGAUCUGCUUGGUAUGCCGGAGCCGAAAUUUUACAGUUACUUCCCCGAGACGGAAAAGUGGUACGUGCAGCUCAUAUCGGCCGAGAAACGGCUCGAUGAGGUGAGCCACCUCGAAAAUUACAGUACCAGCAGUGUGUCCCCGAAGCAGCAAACCAUCGCUUACUUCCAACCUCAUUCCUUCAGUGCCGGCAUUGAAGACGAUCACAUUCCUUUCCUACGGCGGGGCGUACCAAUUUUGCACAUAAUUCCGAGUCCGUUUCCGGAUGUUUGGCACCAACCGACAGACAACGCAGAUAUCGUUGAUUUACCGACGGUUCGAAACUUGAUUCGGGUAUUUCGCGUAUUCAUUGCCGAAUACCUGCACUUACCUUUGUGACGCUCAAAGGACGAAUUGUAACAGCAAUUCGUCGCCAGAACGGUGAUUGGUGUAGAUAGUACUUAUGUCGUAAUUGACCAUUUUUAACUGUUUUUAUAUAGCUACACCCAUUCCGACGUACUAGUUCCUCCUAGAGAAAAGUGAAGCAUAUCGCAACAACUGGCCCUUUUGGUCCAU